CUCUCGCAGCCGCCCCUGGCGCCGCAGACUGCGCUGUCGUCGCACCCCCCGUCGCUGUGAACCAUUUUUUCAUUUCCAAAACGAAUAAGUAAAUUUAAUCGCAAGUAAACAACACAGAGAGCGAAUGCUUCGGUGAUUACUGAGUGAAAUUACCUCUGGCAGGCCCGCCCUUUCUGAAUUUAAUCAAGGGUAUGUGAGCCUGGACGACCUGGGGAGAAUUAUUCGCCUGCACAUCCUGAAAAAAGUUUCGAAAUGUCCGCGGAAACAAAUAAUGAAGCACCACAGGAAGGUGGAGAGUCACCGCAGUGGUACAAAGAAAGAGCAGAGAGGAAUCGACAGAGAGCUCUGCUUUUGAAGAAAUCUAAGCUCGUCGUUCAUCCCUAUGCGAAAAAUGGAGAUAAUGCGGCUGGUACACAGGGCAGGCAACUGAAGGUCCAGGGGAAAAAAGUCGUCGACAGUGGAGGUGGUUUUUUAAUUGAGGAGGAUGAUGAGCUGGAGCAAGAAAUGUUGCAAUUGGCGGAAGAGCCAAGCCCAAUCUUAAUCGACCUACCAACAUGCGAAGAAUGUAAGAAGCAAUUCCAAGACUCGUACCUCAUGAAGACCUUCGAUUACAGCGUCUGUGACUCAUGCAGAGAUCGCGAGGAUAAGCACACCCUGAUAACUAAAACCGAGGCGAAAGAAAUCUAUCUGCUGCGUGAUCACGACCUGGAUCUGAGAGAGCCACCACUGAAAUUCAUGCUCAAAGCAAAUCCACACAGAGCAGCUCACGGCCACAUGAAGCUGUACCUCCAUCUUCAGAUAGAGAAGCGAGCCCUCGAGGUUUGGGGCUCGAAGGAGGCGUUGCUCGAGGAGAAGGAGAAACGCGACGUCAAGAGACAGGAGACGAAGAUUAAAAGAUUUAACAAGAAAGUUAAGGAGUUGAGGAUGGAAAUGAGGAGCUCAAUGUAUAAUAGAACUACGAAGGCAACGCAUGUCCACAAAUUUGGCCCUGAUACGUACAAUGAAGAUGAUGAUACUUAUACUCACACGUGCACUGAAUGUGAAUAUGAAGAAACUUACGAAAAAAUGUAGAAAUCAACUCUAAUUUUAAAUUUAUUGGAUAAUUUUCCAGUAUUAUUAUCCGUUGAGUAAUGAAGGGCUAAAGAAGGAGAUGAAUUCAAAAUACACUAGAUCAUUCUGCAAAUAUCUUCAGGAGGAUGAGGCUUAGAGGAAAAUAGGUCCAGACAUUUUUCUUCAAACCUACGGAUUUCAGAGAUAUCGACAAAAUAAUCUACUUUAAAUUUUUUGAUCUCCUCACUGUUCCACUGGAGAAUUAACUUUUGUUUUCUAAUUUAUUGUAACUGUACAUUUGGAAUGAUCUCUAGAUUGUAAAGAAAAAUAAACCCAGUUUUCCUAUA